GUUGAGCAUAUCGGGAUCAAAAAAGAGAUUAGGAAAAGAAGACUUAGAAAAUUAGGAGAGAGCAAUCAAUUCCUAUUACAGGCAUUCCCUUCGAAUAUCGAUCUUUGCGACAACAUAUAUUGUCGCAUAUACUACUAUAAACUUAUCUACCUACCAUACAACCUCGAAUCUUAAGACAACGCGCAUCAAGAUGCAGAUAUCGUCCAUUGUCGCGGUUGCGCUUCUGCCCCUGUUGGCAGUAGCAGAAACCUCUACUACCACAUCGACCAUGACGAUGACCAAGUAUAUCACCAUCUCGAAGGUCUCUACUUCAAGUGUAUACAGCGCAAACUCGACUUCAUUCUACGCGCCCACCGGCACUAUCUCUUCUUCAGGCGUCCUCGCUCCGGUUACGACGACUGGUUCUGAUGGCACACCUACGACUGUUGCGCCUACUGUCAGCCCUACCAUUAACAACAGUGGUGUGGCUCUCGGUUCGGCGCACGUCGCACUCGCUGGGCUUGUUGGUGUAGCUGUCGCAGCGUUGAUGUAAGGUUGCGCCGUUCUGCGCAACUUACAGCCGUUUAAACGGCAAAUAUAGUCGCGAUGAGGAAUUAUACUCGUCGGGCAUAUUAAAUACUUUCUCGAUACGAACAUUACCUACUUCAUUUCUU